AUGCUGCGCACACUUCCUGCCCUGCGUCUCCCGACCUCCUCGUCCACGGCUCCCCGUCAUCUCUCCCGCGCCCUCAACGCCAGCCUCGUGUGCCGUCAACAACCCACAUCGCUCCAGCAAAGGCGAGGCGCACAUGCCAUCAGCAACCCGACUCUAGCGAACAUUGAGAAGAGAUGGGAGGCCAUGCCGCCGCAGGAGCAGGCGGAUUUGUGGAUGGCGCUCAGAGAUCGGAUGAAGGUGGAUUGGAAUGAGAUGACGCUGCAGGAGAAGAAGGCCGCGUACUGGAUCGCCUUUGGACCCCACGGCCCCCGUGCCGGUGACCCCCCGGGCGAAGGCCGCAAAGUCCUCCUCUACACUAUCAUUGGCUCCCUCGCCGGAGUCGGCAUCUUCGGCCUGACACAUCUCUUUGCCGGUCCUCAUCCAAGCACCAUGAACAGAGAGUGGCAAGAAGCCACGAACGAGUACUUCAAGGAAAACAAGAUCGAGCCCAUCACCGGUGUGUCGUCCGAAGGCUAUGUAGGCAAAGGCCAAGUCCAGAGCGGGUCGGAGCAGCACAAGUAA